AUGGCCUCUUCAACCGAGACAACUUGCUACUACCUCGUCCCCAAUCUCCAGGCCCUCGACCCCUCAGCCCGCGAAGUAGACGCCUCGGCCUACGCCUGGGUCCAGCCCACCAUCAUCGAGGACGAGGACCUGACCUUUGGCGGAAAGGCCCUGAGCACCUGGUACGAGGAGGAACGUCGCCGUCUCAGCAGCGGCAGCGACGAGGAGGAGCGCCGCGGACGCGAGCGCGUGAGGAGGAAUUACUCGCGAUCUUCCAAGUCGCACAAGAAACACUCAGACUCAGAUAUCCACCCAACCCGAUACACCUCCAACCUCUUCCACCCGGGAACACACAUGUACAACUUCCCUCAAACCCAACCUACCUCUUCUCUUUUGCUCGGUCUACAUCAGCAUCAGCAUCAGCAUUCGGAACUCUCUCACGGAAAGCGCAUUUAG